UCUCCUUUCUGGUUUUUCAGGUGCAGCCAAGGAAGGUAACAUCUGGCGACCAUCUUUUUCUCUUAUUCCAAGUCUGACAUUAGCCAUUUCAUAAGUGGUGAAGGGAAAGAUAAAUGGAUGCUUCUCACAAAGAUAAAGAGGAUCAGCAAGCACCAAACUCUCCAGCUGUUGGGUGGACAGGGAUGAUAGAACAACAAUAUCGGAGAAUUAAAGAAAAUGCAGAAGCUUACCCGUAUGUAUGGGGUUCCUACAUUGUUGUGUACGGGGGGUUUAGCCUCUGGUUUGCCUACAGAUUUAGGAAGCUCCGCAGGACAGAGGACAGAGUUCGAGUUCUUCAAGAUAGGCUCCGUUAUCUUGUCGAAUCGAAGGAGUCAACAAGCUCUGUGGCAGCUCAAAAGGCACCACCACCCCAGCCUGCUGAUAAAGGCUGCUAAUAGUAUGCAGAUUGCUUUGACAGACAGAUUUUGAUGCCCUUUUUGCCGGUAACUGACUUAGCUAUUCCAUUCGAUUAGUUGAUAUAUGUUCCAGUUGACAUAGUCUGCUGUCCAGACUGAGGAUAAUUGUCAAUUUUUUUUGGUGUAGUGCUUUGUAUAUCAUACUCUUCCCCUUGUUACACAAAACAGAACAACCUUUACUUCAUAAUAUGGAAUUUUUUUCUGGAGGAGUUAUAGAGGAGUUUGGACAAAAGGAUCAGUGUAGUUUGUUGUUACUACCGAUUGACAAUUACUGAAUUCAGCCUUAAAAAGGUUGUCCCUUUGGUUAUAUUUGAUGAUGUAUCCAAUACAACUUGCAAGACUGGUUGGAGUAAAA